AUUGUCAUUGAAUAAUGGCUUUACCGGAAGCACAACCUGCUGAAGUUCUUCGUGCAUGGCAAAAGGAUGAUCUGUAUGAAAAACAACUUGCUGGCUCUUUAGCAAGACUUGUUCCACCACAACAUGCAUCUAAAGCUGUUCCUAUAUCUUCACUACUGUACAAGUCAUUUACAACUCUCAAAGACUUGCAAACACUCGGAGAAGAAUAUUCUGGAAUAGUUCAGGUGGACGAAACGUACCAUAAACUGCCAUCGUUCAGCAGCCGACUUCUAAGCAUUUUGCUUUCAGCAUUUGGUGAAAAUUUAACAAGGAGAUUGCUAAGUAACAUGGAAAAGCAAAUUGAACAUAAUGCGACAUUAAGACCCGAAGCACAGAAUAUAAUAUUAGUUGUUUUAAAAGCUUUGAAUAACAUAGUACCUCAAGUUGAAAGUAUACAUAGAGCAUUAUCUUACAUAACUGGGGGACCAUUGCAAAUAGGUAAAACUGUAACUGGAAUUAAUUAUGUCCAUGUGAGGCCAGCGGCAGCUGCAUAUUACGCUCACUUAAGGUUGUUAGGUGUUGUGACUUUGUUACAUGCAUUCAUUUCUUGUGGACAAAGUUUUUAUCAAGCUAAGAAACAUAUGGAUGAUAUGAGAGAAUUCCCAAAUGAAGUAGAUAGCAAUAAAUCAUGUAUAGCAUGUUUAGAAGAGAUAAUUCAACCAUGUGCAUUAAUAUGUGGACAUAUAUUUUGUAUGAAUUGUUGUUAUGGAGCUCUGGAAAGCUGUCCUUUAUGUCGAACUCCCUUUGCAAAGAACACAGUUGUGCCAUUGAUGAACUAUCGUCCAGGUACUAUGUAAAGGUUAUGUUAGUAAAAUAUUUGGGCUCAAAGUCAAAUUUUAUAGGAAUGUGCAACUUGUUCAUAUGGGGCCGUUCAAGUAUUACGUAAGCACAAUUGGGGGGCGGAGGGUUCUUCCUUUUGCUUAUUUUGGAUGACAUGGGGGGUAGGGGAAUCUAGAUGAUGAUUACGUCAUCGGUAGUUAUUUACUUUUUUACACAAAUGGCAACC